AGAUGAACCAUGUGUCCGCAGUCCAUGACCGAAAUAAACUCAACCCCGCAUUCGGCCCUCAAAAGGCAACCCUCACCUCAGACUUCCCCGAAAUGUAAAAUCCCCAUCGUACUAGCGAUGCAUCCAAAAGCCAUACUCCCUUUCUUCUUCUUCCUUCUCACAAUUGCCUCUACGCUGCCCGAAACAUGCGCCCCCAAUAAUGGAAUAAUGACAACUCCCACUUACGGCACGACAGGCGCCAUCUUCACCAUCUGCGCCCAAACCACCAUCCUCAGCUCUCCCCUCCCCAUCUACGACGUCCUAACCAAUUUCCCCUGCUACGCCGCCUGGAACACCUUCGUCUACGCCAUCGACCUACCCUCAAACUACACCACCCCCUACGUCGGACUUCAAAUGACGUUCCACACCUCGGGCCUCAUUCUUGGGUUCAAUACUACUUCGAAUGAGUUAGUCACGUACUUGGAACCGGAUGCAACUCCGCCGUUUGUGUCGUGGAGGUUAAAUGCUGGCGUCUUGGGUGUGCUGAUGCAGGCGGAGCAUGUGAGCGCGUUGUGGGAUUUGGGGAAUGGGAGUACGAGUUAUGUGUCUUGGGAGACUUAUUAUGGAGCUGGGGCACUGGCGACGUUGGCGUUGGAGGCGAAUUUGCAGACGCAGUUUGAGGUUCAGGGGCAGGAGUUGAAGGAGAGGAUUGAGGGAGGAGGUUAGUUGGAAGUUUAGGGGAUGGCAUGUUUUGAUAUGCUUUGUGGAGUUUGUUGUUGUGGUAUCUUGGUAUCUAGCUGUGUCUAUCUUGGGAGGGAUUGAUCUUAAGAA